CUAUCGCCUCGGUGGCAAGAUCGGGGAACGAAAUCGAAAGACUACGACGAGAAUGAGAGCAACAACUUGGUCAUGACGAUGGCUUCGGGGCCGGGCGUCGGGACGCCCGCUAAAAACUACAGCCAGGGCGUCUCUGCCUCGCAUACGGGAAAGUCCUCGGACCCCGGAAAAUCCGUCGACCUCAAGUCCGUCUUCAUCAGUGUCAAAACCACCUCAAGCUUUCACAAGUCUCGGCUCCCCGUCAUACUGAAAACCUGGUUUCAGCUCGCCAAACAACAGACUUGGUUCUUCACCGACGCUGAUGACGAACAUUUUCAAAAAGAAACAAAUAACCACAUGAUCAACACAAAUUGCUCUUCUUCUCACGGCCGGAAAGCGCUUUGUUGCAAAAUGUCAGUCGAGUUCGACGUGUUUCUGGAGAGCAACGAAAAAUGGUUUUGUCACUUCGACGAUGACAAUUACGUGAAUGUACCUCGGCUGGCUACACUGCUGGCCAACUAUAGUCCACAAGAAGACUGGUAUCUCGGAAAACCGAGCAUCCGAGCCCCUUUAGUCAUUUUAAAUCGGGAGGAUAAGAAUUUCAGCAAGAACAGGCAAAAUGUCACAUUCUGGUUUGCUACCGGCGGUGCUGGAUUUUGUUUGAGUAGAGCUUUAGCCCUGAAAAUGAAACCUAUCGCAGGGAGUGGCAAAUUCAUAAGCAUUGGCGAGAGGAUCCGACUUCCUGACGAUGUGACAAUGGGAUACAUUAUCGAGCACAUGUUGGGUAAAUCGUUAACUAUGGUUGAUGAGUUCCAUUCACACCUGGAGCCCAUGAAAUUUUUAGGACAAGACACCUUCCAAGACCAGAUAACUUUUAGCUAUUCACAGUAUGGCAAAGAUGAUUGGAAUGUUGUUAAAAUUGAUGGCUUUGCCCCAAGGAUAGACCGUACCAGGUUCUUGUCAUUGCACUGCUAUCUAUUUCCAUAUUUCACAUUUUGUCCAAGGUGACUUUUGAUGAAGAAAUGAGUUAUCCCUAGGACAUGUCAGUUGAUACAGCUCUAGUCAUUCAGAAGAAUUCAUGGAUGAAGUCUUUCCUCCUUCUCAUGAUGUUAUCGAUAUGCAUACUUCAACGAGAUGAAGUAAAAGAUGUAGGAUGUCAAAUAAUUUCUUUUGAUCAUUCUUGUCAAAGAAUAAUGUGUGAACUAUUUUAUUAGCAUGACAGAACCUCAGGUAAUUGAUGAGGAGGCAGAGAGUUAAUUUUGUUUUUUAAACAUAACCUUUGAAGUUGCCCAAAGGUUUCUCCAUUCGCAUUGAACAGUGCUCAUUAGCAUUGAAUUGUUAAAACAAAGUUACUGUUGCCUUUAGAUAGGACUAAUUUCCAAUGUUCUACAUCUUUACUUGUCUGCUUUAAGAGUUCAGUUUUGCAGCCUAGGGAAAGUUCAAUUGAGAAGGGUUCCAGAAGGAGGGCUCAUAAUGGUCUGUGCCGAUUUCGUCAAGCAGUGGCUAACUAACUGGACAAACGGCAACGUAGCUGAGACCCUUGCAAUUUAUUUAUCUUGAUCAGACAGAUCAUUGAAACAAACUAGUCCAUGUUUUAUGGGCUCCUCUUGUGGAAAUCCUCACCAAUUAGAAAAGUUUAAAAAUCCAGAAGAACUGAUUUUUCUUAGUUUUGUAUUCUUAGGCUAGCAAUGCUGUUCCAAUGGGUGGUAUUCAUAUCACUUAAAAUGAUCAUGAUUGUAAUUUUUGGGGGAAAUUCAACCAAAAUUAAGUGUCCAAAAACUGGAGCACAGUUAAAAAGAAAAAAAUACAUUUACUUUGUUUCAAAUGCUCACAGUAAUUAUGUUUUUGAUUUCUUAUUAUUAAUUGAUUUGAUUUCUUCAUAAUUACAUCAAAAUUGUUCUUGACAGUCACUUUUGUAAAUAUUAUUAUUAUAAAAGAGAAUGUGAAUGAAGUUGAUCCUUGUUUGAAAGAAAUACUCUUUGACAGACUCCUGAGGACAAAUUAAGAAGUUGGUUUUUAAUGCCUUCGCAUUUUCUAAUUAGCUGUUCAUUAUCUCAUUUUGGCGGGUUUCCCCCAGUAUCAAUCUUGCUUAAUCUCUUACUACUUAUGCAAGAAUAACUUUUCCAAUAUUUAAACAUUGCAAAAAUUAGUAAAGACUCAGGAUCCAUGAAAUACUCUAAUUUGUGUUGCAAUUUUUAGGAAUUUUGUUGAGUUUUUCAUCCAUUCGUGGAUUUUAUGAAAUAAUUUGUAGUAUGUAUGUGUAAUUAUAAGGAAUUUUUAAAUAUUUACCAUAUGAAGUGUCCUUUAAGUCAUUUUGCACCCUUACAAUCCUCAAAGUGUCAAGUAUUUAAUUCAUCCUGUUUUGAUUGAAGAAAAUGUUGCAUGUGUUCAAUUAUUAAGGAAAUUAUAAGGUAAUACAUCAGAUUUCUGAGUUACAAUAAAAAUAUUUGUGAUGCCUCGUAUCCAUGUAGGUACUAUCUCAUGCUUUAUUUAGUGAAAAAUUUUAUUUUUGAAAGGUGGAUUUUUAUCAUUUUGCUUUGUUUGGUCCUCCAUAUUUUUCCUGGGUUGAAGAACCUUUUACUUUAAUUUGUUACUUGUCUCUAGAUUGAGAUUUCAUUUUAAUGCUCAGCAACAAUAACAUGUGGCCUUUUUUCUCUUGUUCUCCCUCUUAUGUUAAGCUCGAGGAAAAAACAUGUAUAUCCUUCCUGAAACUCUUUUGCUUCGAAUUCUGCCUUUGUUUGACUCAGAAACAUUUGAUCAUUAUGAAAUUAGUAAGGGUGCCAAAUUCCUUAUUGACACUUUGUAUGUUUGUUUUUUCUUCAUUAAUAUUAUUUCGGCUGUGAUAGUGUAAGUUUUUAGAGGGCUAACAUGUAAAAUUUCUCCUUUUAUAAUAGCUGACUACACUCCCCAUUAUCUUCAUAGUAAAUCAUUUUCUCUAAUAUAAUUGAUGACCAACCCAAACUCUUGCUCGUAUCAUUUGUAGUUGUAUAUUUUGUAAUUCUGGAAGCAACACCUUCCUAUUCCUCUUGUUAACUGAUGUCAAUUUUAUGCUGUUUAGGAAUGAUAUCAAAUUUUCUCAGUGUUGAUUUAGGAUGCAGUUGAAUAAAUUAAUUUCUAAUUUAUUCUGAAGUGCAAAACUCAAGUCAUGUUCAAGAAUUCUCUGAUGCAAAGAUUUUUAGGAUUUUUUUAUGUUUCAGAAAUGACUCUGUAUUCUUGAGCUUUAAUUAGUUCUAAUGAAGGGAAAGUUCUGGGACACCACCUGUUUUACUAAUUUAACUGUAAAUUUUUGCGGUUAUAAAGCUAACAAUGUCUCUUAUCUCUUGUACUCACAUUUAUUUGCUUACAAAGUCCAUGUUGCUUAAAUAAUAACGAAAAUUGUAAGAUUAUUAUUGACCCUAUAAUUGUGACAAUGUAAUAACAAAAGAACAGUAAGUAUUAUCGAACCAUUGCAAUUUAAUGAAACAAGCAUAUAAGUAACAUCUGUUGAAGGCACUCAAUUAAAGGUGCAAAUGUUAUAGCUGUGUCAAGCAAUAGUGAGCUUGUUCAAGAGAUCAGAAUAUUUUUCUUUAGUCUUUUUGCAUCGGAGUUUUCUCUAAAACAUGCUCAACCAAAAUGAUCAAGGAAACCCUCAAGUUUGCUAUCAAAUUAUAAGUAUAAAACACUGAAAUUUUCUAAAUCGAUCUUUUUUUUAAAGUUUUAAAGUAUUUGUAUUUCUAUUGACUAAAAUGGACCUUAAUUAGGUGCAUUAUGUUUUGAAAAAUUAACCUCAAAGAUUUUCCAGGAACAUCAAAGAUAGAUAAUUUGAGGCACUGGAUGCGAAAAGGGCACUUCUUGAUUGCCGUCCCUCAGAAUCUCUGUUUCUAAUAAAUACCAUGGAGAAAACUAGAAUGGACGAUUUUUCCAGAAUUCUUUUCAUAGAAAAUAGUAAAAUCAUAAGGAGUAUUCAGUAAAAUUUUUAGUGAAAUGGAUGCAUUCACUUUCCUUACAAUGAAUUAAAUAUUAGAGAUGACUCUGAAACACUGCAACCGAGAAGUGCCCUUUUUGCAUCCAGUGCUUUAUUCAAUAUAGACUGUAAAAUUGGACCUGAAACAAAUUCUACUGAAAGUUUUAUUAUGGCAUUCAGGGCUUUAAGACUGACUGUGCCAUCUCAUUUGUUUACAUUUGUCUGUAGUACCUUUCAUUCCUCUACUCUUUCGUUGUAUUUUCAUAUUUUUACUAUUCAUACUUGACUAUAUAUCUUAUCAUCUCAUGACUGAAACAUUAGUGCCUUAAUUAAUGUAUCAGAUUCGGUCCUCAGCAGUUGAUCAUAAAAAAAGCUUUCUAAGAAUAUGUGUUACAAAUUAUUUACAUUCAGAUUUUAAUUGAUGUUUUUAUGAUUUGUUAUUUUUCAAAUUAUUUUAAUAUUUUUUUGAUUUACUUGAAAUUACUAAGAAAUGAAUUUUUAAUUUUGAGGACAUCCCCAAUUUAUUGUAAAGGUAUUUUAAGGUUUUCGUUCAUCAAGUCAUGGGUUAAUGCAGAAAUAUGUUCAGUAUAACAAUGCUGUCAAUGAGAUCCUUUCGCUAGGUAUGUUAUUUGGCCUCCUACGGUGAAGUGGUUGUAGCGCUAGCUCUAUGAUCUGGAGGUCCUGGGUUCAAUUCCCGGCCAGGCGACCCGAGUUUGAUGGUCUCAAACAAUGGUUGCCUGAGACUGGUUGUAGGGGCCGAGGGGGGGCGGGACUGAAGCGCAAGGAUUAGCUCUCGUGGGUUAUUUGAAGUGGUAGUAAAAAAAAGAAAAAAAACCUAAAUUAUUACAGUGGCAUCUGUUUUUUUUUCUUUAUCCAGAUCACUUGUCCUUAUCCAUUGCUUUUGUCAAAUUCUUGCUGUCUAAUAUACAUGUAAGCAAUGGGCAUUCAUGCUCGUGUGUAUCAUUCACAAUGGACAACCAGAUGGGGGUAAAUGUUAAGCAUCGCAGUGAAUGUUUGCUCACUAAAAUGGAUUGCAGUGAUCACAUCAAUUUUUUCUAAUUCCUUCAAUUCAUAAAUUAGAAAUAAGCGUCUUCUGUAAUCAUCAAUUCAAACUGUAACUUUUAACACCAAUUAUCCGAUUACAAGUUGGUACUAAAUAUGUAAAAAAUGUUCAACACUUUAUAGUGUGAAAUUUUGACAAGGAAACAUGUGUUCUGAUGCUUUCAACUUUAACUUUCUCCAGUGAUCCACUAGAGGGAAAA